GCGCCGGUGGAAUGGCGUGAGGGGCGCUCGGCGAGCAGUGAGUGAGUGCAGGCUGGUCGCGGUCCGCAGGUACUCUUUAACAGCCUUUAGGGACUAAGAUGUGUGGGAUUUGUAUUGGCAAAACAAUUGUUUAUCAAUCUGGCACUCAACCGUUGUACAGCCAUCAACCCAAACCAGUUUUGAACAAAAAUUGGGCGAGCAUUCAGGAUGACUCGAUGAAACCUGAAGGCCUGGAAACGUGAAAACAACUUUAGUUCAAUUUGUUCCUUUGUGUGAAGUGUUAAGGAGAAGAUGGAUCAGAACAACAGUUUGCCCUCUUUCCAGGGCCUUGCAUCCCCUCAGGGAGCAAUGACUCCUGGAAUACCCAUCUUCAGUCCUAUGAUGCCAUAUGGAACUGGUUUGACUCCACAACCUGUACAAACAACCAACAGUUUGUCGAUUCUUGAAGAACAACAAAGACAGCAGCAACAGCAGGCUCAGCAGUCCACAUCCCAGCAAGGCACUCAGGGGUCAGGCCAAACCCCACAAUUGUUUCACUCACAGACUCUAACUACAGCACCUCUACCGGGCAAUACACCUCUUUAUCCUUCCCCAAUGACCCCCAUGACUCCUAUCACCCCGGCCACUCCUGCUUCAGAAAGCUCUGGGAUUGUACCUCAGUUGCAAAAUAUUGUGUCCACAGUGAAUCUUGGCUGCAAACUGGACUUAAAAACAAUUGCACUUAGAGCUCGAAAUGCUGAAUAUAAUCCAAAGCGUUUUGCUGCUGUAAUUAUGAGGAUAAGAGAACCACGUACGACGGCGCUUAUAUUUAGCUCAGGUAAAAUGGUUUGCACAGGAGCCAAGAGUGAAGAACAGUCCCGGUUAGCAGCAAGAAAGUAUGCUCGAGUUGUACAGAAAUUAGGAUUCCCUGCAAAGUUUUUAGAUUUUAAAAUACAAAAUAUGGUGGGGAGCUGCGAUGUAAAGUUCCCAAUCCGAUUAGAGGGACUGGUACUUACACAUCAACAGUUUAGCAGCUAUGAACCAGAGUUAUUUCCAGGUCUUAUUUACAGAAUGAUCAAGCCAAGAAUUGUUCUACUGAUUUUUGUGUCUGGAAAGGUGGUAUUGACAGGUGCUAAAGUUCGAGCAGAGAUAUAUGAAGCUUUUGAAAAUAUAUACCCUAUCCUUAAAGGCUUUAGAAAGACAACAUAACAGCUGCUUUUGAGAUUUUAACUUUUUGUAUGUGUUUUGCAACAUAGAAGCCUGUCUACCUGGCUUGGAAUACCGUUAUCCGAAGAGAUGGACUCUGGUUACAUAUGGUGUUCUACUAUCUUCAGUAUGUUCCUGCCACUCUUUCAUAUUUUAUUUAAUUGCCAAAUGGUAAGGAGAAUGCAGAUUUUAUGUGACAGGUUUGUUUUAUAGUUUUUAUGGGAUGUCUAAUACUGCAUUUUAUUCAGUUUCGACACAUGUAACUUACAGAAUCUAAGUAUUUUUUUUUUUUUUAGAGUUCUAUUUUAUUUUUUUUUUAUUUUUUUUAACCUUGCAUCUCUAGGAAGGAGCCCAGCACUUGUAAAUAUGCCACAUGUGGCUCAUAUUCUUCCCCUAUGUGUUUCCUUGGUACUGUUAGUCUGCAGUAUUUUAUUGUUCAUUUUAAUGUCUUUUAAUUUCAGUAAAGCCACUUUAAAGCAGUACUCUGCCGGAAAACAUCUUAUCCUUUGGAUAGGGGAUAAGAUGCUUUUUCUGCGGAGUUUAAGCCAUGGUUUGUAAAUUGCUUCAGUUUUUAUGAUUGCAUUAUUGUGCCAGAAACAUUCCUGACUCUCAGUGUUUAGCUGGACAAAAUAAAAUUUUAUUAUUCUCUGAA